AUGGGCGAAACGAAAAAUAAUGUGGAGGUAAUUCCUUCUAACAAGAAGAAGGUAAGUGGUUGCAUAAAAAUUCUUCCAAAAAAUAAAAAAAAAAGCGAAAAUUGUAGCAAUUUGAGAACAAGCAGUUUAAAUAUAAAUACUAGAAAAUGCUGCAAUGAGAAGAGAGAUAAUUCUGUAAAUAAUUUGGACAAUUUGAACAAUUUGGACAAUUUUGAGUUACAGUGUCGUGAUUACAUAGAUGAAGUGCUCAAAAUAAAUGAAUAUAUAAAACUUCCAAAUAGUAUAAAUAAUGAACAGGAUAAAAAGAAAUGGAAGAAAGCACAUUGCUUAAGAAAUAAAAUGAAACAGUAUGAUCUUAUGACAAGAAAAAGAUUAUAUCAAAAUAAUUUUAUUAAUAAUAAGGCUAAAUUUAAUAGAGAAAGAUAUAUCAUUUUAAAUAAAAUUCCACUAUAUAGAGAAGCUUUUCCAUCAAUUAUAAAUACGUCAGAUAAAAUUAAAGAAGAUAUCAUUCGGACUUAUCUGAAAACACAUGCUGCUUAUUUACUAUCUGAGAAGAAAAGAAUUAGUAAUAAUUUAAGCCUUAAAAAAAAAAGAAAUUCUAGUUAUUCAUACAGAAAAAAACAAACUGAUAAGCAUGAAGUAAAUAAUUCCUUAAAUUAUUAUUAUAAUUCUCAUCCUGGAAUGUACAACCAAACUAGUGCAAGAUAUACAGAUAAGUUUAGAAAAAGGGACUUAUCAUAUAAUUUGUGGAAAAAAAUAAUAAUUGACAAUAUAAAAAAAGGGAUCAUUAACCCAACCACAUGUAAAUAUUUAAGUAGAAGUAGUGUAAAGAAAUAUGGCCUAGGAAACUACAACAUGAAAAAGAGCGACAUGAAAAAGUAUAAUGUAAACCGCUACAGCUUAAACAACCAUCAUCUGAGCAGCCAUCACCUGAACAGCCAUCACCUGAACAGGAACGACAUUGAAAACUACAACAUUUUAAUAAACGGUUCAUAUCAAAACUUGAAAAAUAUGCAAAAUGGAGGGAAAAAUUCUCUCAAAGCUUAUCAGAAAAGUAUUGCCAACAGACCGACUUCAAUUUCAAAUCAUGAAUCUCACAUGAUACGUAACAACUACUCGAGCAACAUACUUGUUCAUGAUGAAAAAAGAGAAGAUGCUUAUGAACUCAACCCCAGAAGAACAAAAAUGAACGCACUAUCAAACUCAAAUAGCAUUAGGAACUCAAGUACUUGUGAUUCCUCAAAUGAUUCUAAACAUAUACAUGAUCAUAAUAAUUCUAAAACUAAUUCUACACACAAUACUACUGUAAAAACACAUUAUAAGUAUACUAAUAAUAACUCUAAUUAUUCUAAUGAAUCUAUAAAUGGAUCUAUAAAUGAAUCUCUAAAAAGGCAUUCAGAGUGUCAAGGGAAAAACCCCUGUGGAAAAUCCAGCAUAGAAAAUGAAAAUUUUAUUUAUAAAAAGGACCGCUUUUCCUUAUUGGGUAGGAUAAAAAAUAAUAAAGAUAUAGAAGUUAAGCUAGUUUUAAACAAAGUGUAA